GCGAAUAUGUAGUUUGAGAACCCAACUCACAACUGACUUUAAAUUCCAGUCGGUGGUGGGUGGUCUAUCUAACUCUACAUUAUAGUGGUUGUCCUCUCCACUCACCCACCCCAACAGGAAUGUUUAAUUCCCAUUCCUCACGCAAGCAGGAUAUGAGCAGUCACACACAUUAUCUGGAACUGUGAGGCACUGUGACUUUUUUUAUCAGGAGGCAGGGUGAUACUUCCCAACUCCUAGGGAUCCGAAUGCUUCAAGUUUAUUUCCUUCAUUAAAAAAAAGUGUUAUAAGACAGUGUGACGCCUCGCACACUCUGUGCCUGGAUACACGUGAGUAUUUUGUCAUCGGAGUGGUGGUCAUACCCGGUACCUACAACUGCUGUAAACAAUUAAUAAUGCCCUUCUGGCAUGCGUCUCUAAGUGCAAACAAGGGGCUGCGAACGGAUGAACGGUGUGUUGUGCUCAAUGUGUUUCCCAUCCCACGUUCCCCGUGUCCUGCCUGUCCCGUGGAACACGCCGCAUAAUGGAGCCGCUGGCUGUGCCUUCUGUUUUCGCAUAGAGAAUGGCACGUUCAGGCUCAUCAUUCAGUCCGCAAAGCUGGCUGACGCCGGCGUUUACAAGUGUAUUCUGUCAAACUCCGCGGGGAGGGCCUUCUGUCACGCUCAUUUGCACGUCGUGGACGCCACCCCCGGGCCUCCGGAUGGACCCCCGAUUGUCACAGAUGUGACUGACGACUCCGUGACGCUGUCGUGGAAACCUCCCAAGGCCUUCCAGGCUUUCUCAGAGCCGGGCUCCGUGACGUACGCGCUGCAGUACCAGGUGGUUGGCCGCAGCCAGUGGAUCGUCGUGGCGUCCAACGUGCCGGGCACGAGCCAUGCGGUGCGCACGCUGCGCCCGGGACUGCACUACCUCUUCCGCGCGCUCACCGUGAGCCCGCACGGCUGCAGCCGCCCCUCGCCUGCCUCGGCACCCACCUGCCUCCUGCCCCACGAGCCCUUUCUCAAUGAGCCUCCUCGCUUUGUCAAGAAGUAUGAAGAGAUUUUUGCGGUGGAAAAUGAGCCCCUGGAGAUCACGUGCAGAUUGAACCAUGUGCAGGCGACCGUGUCAUGGACAAGGGACGGCAUCCCGGUGGACGAGAGUUCUGGCGAGGUGCGGCUGAGCUCUCGGCCCGGGGGCACGUGGGCGCUGGAGAUGCCGCGUGCUCGCGCCGAGCUGCUGGGGGAGCUGGUGUGCACGGCGCGCGGCGAGUUCGGCUCCGACUCCUACACGGCCGUGGUGUCGCAGGCCGAGGCCCCGCACUUCGAGGUGAUCAUGGAGGACGUGGAAGUGCAGGAAGGAGACCCGGUCCGCCUGUCCGUGGUGGUGCACGGGCGCCCCGAGCCCGAUGUGCUGUGGUACAAGGAUGGCGCUCGGCUGGCGGAGGCAGGCGGGCUUGCCUCGGUGACGCGGAGCGGCUCCGCGUGCUCCCUGCUGCUGCGCGACGUGCGUGGCUCGGACCGCGGGCUCUACGCGUGCGAGGCGCGAUCCCGGGCCGGCACGGCACGCUGCAUGGCCGAGCUGAGCGUGCACAUGGAAAAAUCAGAGGCCCGACAGCGAGAGAUGCCAGAAGAAGAAGUACGAAAACUGAAAGACCACUAUGAGAUACUGGAAGAGAUCGGGAGGUGGGCCAUCACUCGUGAUGAUGCAGUGAGGCCGAUGCCACACAUUUGUGUCAUGUAAUUGCCCCUUAGCCAGGAUUCCUUCCCACCUCAUACCCUGUGUCCUCCCGACUCCUGUGCUCUCCCUGACCUCACGUGCCAUCUAACCUGCCUGUUGCCCUGUGAACUCUUGUACACCCUCCAACCCUCUGUGAACCCACUGUUUUCUUCUGAAGUCCUGUUAUAACCGUGGCCCCUGUUGUAAUUCUGACCCUAUUCUCUAUGUCACCACUGAGCCCCGUCUGCACUCUCUACUCUGCCACUUGGAUCCUCACGCUUUUUCUGACUCCUCCCAUGCCCCCACUGUGGUCCGUUUGACUCCCUCUGCUCCCCGGUGCUGCCCUCGACUCGCCUGCCCCCUUGCUGACCCCCUACGCUCUCUGACCCUCGUACCCCCUCCCUUACCCCAAUGCUGCCCAUGACCAGAGCGCUCCUCAGCACCCCCGUGUGUGUCCUCCCCUGACCCCAUACACA